AUGUCCUUGAAAUACAUCAACAAACUGCAAGGCAAGCGGGUGAUCAUUGUUGGCGGCACCAGUGGCAUUGGGUUCGCCGCUGCUGAAGCAGCUGUGGAAUAUGGUGCAAUUGUGGUGGUGGCCAGUUCCAAGCAGGACAGAGUCGAUAGGGCUGUUGAGAGAAUCCAGCAAGCAUAUCCCGGCGCAGGAGAUCGCAUCCGCGGUACCACUGUUGACUUGAAUUCGGACGAUGUGGAGGAGCAGGUCGAGGCUCUUUUCAAUUUUGCAACCGACGGCGGCAAACAUAAAUUGCAUCACGUUGCAGAGACGGCUGGCGGGACCUUUGGGAUGAUGCCUCUGGCCGACGUCACCCCGGCGGCCAUUGCAGAAGCCCAGAAGGUCAGAAUCACGGGCUGUACGAUGCUUGCAAAGGUCGCUAUGCGAUACCUUGAAGUCAGCCGCACGUCCUCCUUCACCCUGACCAAUGGUGUGAGCGAUGCGAAACCCAGCCCUGGAUGGACGAUUAUGGCACCUAUUGGGGCGGCAAAGAGAGGGUUGACCCAUGCUCUUGCCAACGACAUGAAACCUAUCCGCGUCAAUUGCGUGUGUCCAGGAGCCGUCAAGACAGAACUGUUUGAUAGUUUCGGGGGAGAUCGACUGCAGCAGAUCGUGGACUUUUACACAGCCAAAACAUUGAUCAACACUAUUGGCACUCCCGAGGAUCUGGCCGAGUGUUAUAUUUGUGCCAUGAAGAACAACUUCAUGACUGGGCAGGAGAUCACGGCGGACGGCGGGUUUCUGCUGUGCUAG